AAUAAAGGAAUUGGCUAUGCGAUCGUACGGAACCUUGCCAUAAACUAUUCAAACUCUUCACCAUCUCAGCCACUUACAAUUUUAUUGACAGCACGUAAUCCAACAUUGGGACAAAAUUCAACAGAAAAAUUACAUGAAGAAUUGAAACCUAAAAAUAUUUUAGUAAAUGAUGGUGGAAAUGUAGAUUUGAAAUAUCUGAGAAUGGAUUUAACAGAUGAACAAAGUAUUAAAGAUGCCAAAGAGGUUAUUGAAAAAGAUUAUGGAGGACUUGACGUUUUAAUUAAUAAUGCGGGAAUGGCAUUCAAAGGGAUUGCAUUCGAUGUCAACGUUGUUCGUACAACAUUUGCCACAAACUUUUACGGUACCCUUAACGUAAUCAAUAAUCUAUAUCCUCUUAUUCGCCCAAAUGGUCGUAUCGUUAACGUUUCUAGUUGGCUUGGAAAAUCUCAUAUUUUGAAUGAUGCUUUGAAGCAAGAGUUUGCUAAAGAGGAUUUGGAUAUGGAUGGGUUAAUUAGUUUAUUGAAGAGAUUUGAGAAUGCUGUAGAGAAAGACACAUAUAUACAAGAAGGGUGGCCCCGUCAAGCGUAUGGAGUGUCGAAAGUUGGUGUAUCAAUAAUGUCAAGAAUUUUGGGUCAUCGCGCUGAUAAAGAAGGUAAAAAUAUUAAAGUAUUUGCAUGUGAUCCUGGUUGGGUUAAAACGGAUAUGGCUGACCAAGGUGCAGAAACACCAGUGUUUCUUGCUCUCGACGAGGAUGUUGUACCUAAAAGUCAAAAUGGAACUUUUUGGAAAGAUUGCAAGGCUGUUGAAUGGUAG